GGAAUUUUAUCUGCUUAACAUUAAUUUAUGCUAGGGAAGUUUUGAGGACACACUACUUGUACUAACUGUUUGAAUAUUUGAGGUUGUGUCCUGAUCCUGCAAACUCUGAUUCAUAGGUCUUCCGGUAUCUGAAGUUGAGAAGUUUCUUAUCUCAGUAAACAUGGAAAAGGAAGAAAAGAAGAUUGUCAAUACAGGCGAGGAGGAUGAGAUGGAGAUUUAUGGUUAUAAUCGGUGCCACUGGAAGCUAGUUUUAGUUGCUAUAGGGGUGCUUUGUACUGGUGGCUUCCUCCUCCUUCUCCUCUACUGGAUGCCUGAGUGGCGUGUGAGAGCAACGUGCAAAAGGACUACACUUAAAGACUGUGAAGUGGUGCUACUGAGAACGACUGAUGAAUUCAGGAUAUGGUUUUGUGCAAAGAUUCGUAUUGUGCUUUCUCUGGGAGACAACCCAUUACAGAAUCCUCAGUCUAUUGAAGACAAAGUUUCAAAUGGCCAUAGUGGUCAUUCAUGUGAAAGCCCUGCUGAAGAGAAUAGAAACGACCCAAACAAAUAUUCUCCUAUUCGCUAUUUCACACACCACAGCGUAAUGUAUUUCUGGAAUGAUGCAGUCCAAAGUUUUGACUUCAAAAAGGGACUGGAUGAGUCUACUUCCUGCUCUUCAAUUCAUAAUGAACAUAGUAAAGGUUUGACUAAGGAGGUGCAUGACUACAGAAAAGUAUUCUAUGGAGUAAAUGAAAUUGCCGUGAAAGUGCCUUCCAUUUUUAAGCUUCUGAUUAAGGAGGUUCUAAAUCCGUUUUACAUUUUCCAACUGUUCAGCGUAAUAUUGUGGAUCACUGAUGAAUAUUACUACUAUGCAUUAGCGAUUGUGAUUAUGUCUGUGAUAUCCAUUGUUAGCUCACUGUACACCAUUAGAAAGCAAUAUAUUAUGUUACAUGACAUGGUGGCGGCUCACAGCAUUGUCAGAGUUUCUGUCAGCAGAGCGAAUCAAGAAAUAGAAGAGAUCCUUUCCACAGACCUUGUGCCUGGAGACAUCAUGGUGAUUCCAUCUAAUGGGACAAUUAUGCCCUGUGAUGCAGUACUUGUCAGUGGUACUUGCAUCGUAAAUGAAAGCAUGUUAACAGGUGAAAGUGUUCCUGUAACAAAGACUAAUCUCCCAAAUCCUGCAGAAGACCCAAAAGCAAUGGGAGAUGAAAUAUACAGUCCAGAAGUACAUAAGCGACACACUUUGUUCUGUGGGACCAAUGUCAUUCAAACCCGUUUUUAUACUGGAGAACGAGUCAAAGCCAUAGUAGUGAGAACAGGCUUUAGUACAUCAAAAGGACAGCUUGUUCGUUCUAUACUGUAUCCAAAGCCAACUGACUUCAAACUCUACAGAGAUGCCUACAUGUUUCUGCUGUUCCUUGUGGUGGUGGCAGGAGUUGGGUUUCUUUACACGGUUGUCAAUAGCAUACUAAAUGAGGUUCCUGCUCAUAUAAUAAUCAUUGAGUCUCUUGACAUUAUAACCAUCACUGUACCACCUGCACUUCCUGCUGCGAUGACUGCUGGGAUCGUUUAUGCACAGAGGCGGUUGAAAAAGAUUGGUAUCUUCUGCAUCAGUCCUCAGAGGAUAAAUAUCUGUGGCCAAUUGAAUCUCGUGUGUUUUGACAAGACUGGCACGCUUACUGAAGAUGGCUUAGAUCUUUGGGGGAUCCAAAGAGUGGAAAAUGCUCGUUUCCUUUUUCCAGAAGAGAGAGCUUGCAAUGAGAGCCUGGUGAAGUCUCAGUUUGUUGCUUGCAUGGCAACUUGUCAUUCACUCACGAAAAUUGAAGGAGUGCUUUCUGGGGACCCGCUUGAUUUAAAGAUGUUUGAAGCCAUAGGAUGGAUUCUUGAAGAAGCAACUGAAGAGGAAACAGCUCUUCACAAUCGAAUAAUGCCAACCGUGGUUCGACCUCCAAAACAGCUUCUUCCAGAGUCCAAACCUGCCACAAAUCAAGAAAUGGAACUAUUUGAGCUCUCGGCCAGUUAUGAGAUUGGAAUUGUGCGUCAGUUUCCGUUUUCUUCUGCUUUGCAACGCAUGUGUGUAGUAGCAAGAGUGCUAGGGGAGAAGAGAAUGGAUGCGUUCAUGAAAGGUGCCCCAGAGGUGAUUGCCAGUUUGUGUAAACAAGAAACAGUUCCUGUUGAUUUUGAAACCAUUUUGGAAGACUACACUAAGCAGGGCUUCAGAGUUAUCGCUCUUGCUCACAGAAAAUUGGAAUCAAAACUUUCAUGGCACAAAGUCCAGAAUAUUAACAGAGAUGCCAUUGAAAGCAACAUGGAUUUUAUGGGGUUAAUUAUAAUGCAAAACAAACUAAAGCAAGAAACCCCUGCUGUACUUGAAGACUUGCAUAAAGCCAACAUUCGCACUGUCAUGGUCACAGGUGAUAACAUGUUAACUGCUAUCUCUGUGGCUAGAGACUGUGGAAUGAUUCUACCUCAGGAUAAGGUCAUUAUUGCUGAAGCGCUACCUCCAAAGGAUGGGCGAGUUGCCAGGAUAAACUGGCAUUAUGCAGAUACCCUCACAAAAUGCACUAAUUCAUCACCAGCCAUUAACUCACAGGAUAUUCCAAUUAAAUUGGUCCAUGAAAGUCUAGAAGACCUCCAGCUGACUAAAUACCAUUUUGCAAUGAAUGGAAAGUCCUUUGCAGUGAUACUGGAGCAUUUUCAGGACCUUGUGCCCAAGCUGGUGUUGCAUGGCACUGUAUUUGCCCGCAUGGCACCUGAUCAGAAAACCCAGCUAGUGGAAGCGUUACAAAAUGUGGAUUACUAUGUUGGCAUGUGUGGAGAUGGUGCAAAUGACUGUGGUGCACUGAAGAAGGCCCAUGGUGGUAUAUCACUGUCUGAACUUGAGGCUUCUGUGGCAUCACCAUUCACCUCCAGGACUCCUAGUAUUUCCUGUGUGCCAAACCUUAUCAGGGAAGGCCGUGCUGCUUUAAUAACUUCCUUUUGCGUAUUUAAGUUUAUGGCUUUGUACAGCAUUAUCCAGUAUUUCAGCGUUACCCUACUAUAUUCUAUCCUGAGUAAUUUAGGAGAUUUCCAGUUUCUUUUCAUCGAUCUGGCAAUCAUUUUGGUUGUUGUCUUUACCAUGAGUUUAAAUCCUGCUUGGAAGGAGCUUGUUGCACAAAGGCCACCUUCAGGUCUCAUCUCAGGUCAACUUCUCUGCUCAGUUCUGUCUCAGAUUAUCACCUGCCUUGGUUUUCAAACCAUAGGAUUUAUUUGGGUCAAACAGCAACCCUGGUAUGAGCCCUGGACCACCCAGUCAGAUGCAUGUAACUUAGCAGCAGCCACAAACACCAGUUCCUCCCAACAUGAGAAUGAGACUCUUCAUGAUGAGCACAAUAUCAAAAACUAUGAAAACACAACGGUGUUUUUUAUCUCCAGCUUUCAGUACCUCAUAGUGGCAAUUGUCUUUUCUAAAGGGAAGCCCUUUAGGCAGCCUUGCUACAGAAAUGUUCUGUUUGUUAUAUCUGUGAUAGUAAUUUAUAUCUUCACAUUAUUCAUCAUGUUGUAUCCAGUUGAAUCCAUUGACAGGGUUCUUGAGCUAGUUUGUGUACCAUAUGAGUGGCGUAUAACAAUUCUCAUCAUCAUCAUCAUCAAUGCAAUUGUAUCCCUCUUGGUGGAGGAGCCUUUGGAUCGCUGGAGAGGGUGCGUCCUUUCCUCCCUGUUUGGCUGCAGAAAGAAGAUUCCAAAAGCCAAGUACAUGCACUUAGCUCAGGAACUGUUGGUUGAUCCAGAAUGGCCACCAAAACCUAGAACAACUACAGAAGCUAAAGAUCCAACCCAGGAAAAUGGUUCAUAUCCAAUAAUCACUGUAACAUAACAAUGAAUCUCAGUGGUAUGUUUCUUUAGCAGUAUUCAGAGCUAUGUAAUUUUAUGGCUUUAUUUAGUAUUGCAGCAUGCUAAGUGUUCUCCCAGUGCAAACAUUUCCAGUUAUUUGGUCUCUGAAUACAAAGUUCAGAGCUGGACAUCGUACAAAUUAUACAUAAAAAACACUGAGCUAGAUGACAUAUAACAGAAGAAACAUUUUUUUUACUAAAUUUUGAAGCCUCACUUGUCCAAAGUGAGCUGUAUUUAAAGGUUUAAACUGCAGGGCAGUUAAAUAGGGUCCUUUGAGUAUUUGGGGAAUGUUGAUAUUUGGUGGUAAUUGUUCCACCCUGUGUUCCAACACCAAUGUGAGCGCAGUGUGCUGUCUGACACAGCCUUUUCACAGCAGUACUAGAGACCCACAGAAACCACAUGGAAAGGGUUGUCAGUUAUUUCUUCUUCACUUUUUAUCAGAAAGCAUUGUGACUGUAAGAUGAUCCUGGAGUUUUAGUGUGUAUCCCUCCUACUUCACAUGGACUAAAAACAGAUUUGUACCUAAUAGUUCAAGAGUGUUUCCAGCUGAGGGACAGGUAAGAGUUUGGACUUGCAGCUAGUCCUUAAGUCUGACCCUGCAGGUACUGGGAAUGCAGUAAAAACCUGUGUGCUCAGUCCCUAGGAGGAAGGAAGCGCAUCAGUCUCCUCUUACCCUCCUCUUCAGCUAAUCCUGAAUUGUCAUAGGCUACAGAAGGACAGGUUGUUGGGGUCUUUGAGAAGGGGGAUGCUGAAGAACCCAGGCCAAAUAAUUCUUCCCUUACAUCUUACUUUUAUUGCAUUUAACUGACUGGUGGCUCCAUACGCUCUUACUCUGUCCAACAAAGGAAUUUGAUUACUUUUAUCAGACCAGGUUUUAUUUGUAUCAUUUGAGCGAUUUUUAACACCUUUGCAUCAGCAAGGCCAGAACUACUGCUAGGAGGCAGAAAAUGGUUUUCACGUGCCCUUAGCAUUAGCAAAUACUAAUCCUGGGCACCAAGGGCUUAUGAAUACCAAAGGAUUGGUCUACCAGUGUCUUAAUUACCAUGUAGUUGUGUGCAGCAAUGUUAAGAUGGAAACAGAUGAGCCACAAUCCAGGUCCUGUUAUAAAAUUACUGGGCUGCCUUGGAUCUCUCUCUCUCUUUUUUUUUUUUUUUUUAAAUCUUUUGCACCCAGUGGUGCCAUGAAUGCUUAAAGUGUCAGCGCACAGUUUCACCAUGAGGUGGUGCCAAAGAGCAUUGUACUAAGCCACUUGGAAAAUUAAAUUGCAAAUAUGAGACAGCAAGCAGCAGCAACUUCAAAAAUAUUGGGUUUUAGAAGCCUAUCAAAAUGGGUAAAAAACCCAAAGCCUUUGGCAACCAAAUAAAACAGUAAAACAUUGAGGAAAAACUCCUCCAGUCAGUUCUUAUUGCUCUUUUGAAAGAAUAAAAAGUGCUAAAAUUUGGACUGCCUUUUUUAACUACGUGAAAUUGACUGAUCUAAGCAACUCUGAACUUUGGGCGAGGACACCAGAAAUCCAGCUCUGGCCCUUACACGAAAAGUCCUGUGGGAUUGUAUGUAGGGCUGAAUGAAAACUGUGGAAAUUACUCCACUCUAGGGAGUGUUUUCCCUCUAUAAAAUCCAGGGGAUAGCUUGUUAAAGUUAUCUAGGGAGGGUCUCAUUCUCUAGGAUUCUUUGCAGCUCAGGCCUAUUUCCUUUGUGUUUUUGUAUAAGGCGUCGUGUGGUAAUAUCCUCCUUGCCUCGACGGUGUUGAACAUGCCAUGCCAACGUUGGAAUUAAUAAUUGGGGCAUAAAUGGUUUGGAGGGUUCCUCUAGGACUGUGAAGAUUAGCAGUUACAUUAACAGUUACUCCUCAUGAAUGAAUAGUACGCUUGUGGUGUACUAUCCCCUAUGACAACUGACAGCUCUCUUCCUGUUUUAUUUUGGGAAGGCAUUUACCAGCUUUUAAUCAGUAGUGCAGACCAGAAUUGUCCUUUUCCUGCCUUUUAUACUGUUAAACUUCAAACAAUAUUUGUAACUUUAGAAGAGUGUAAAAACUGGAUCACUGCUACUGACGUUGCCACUGUUGAGUCUUUGAAAUAUCUCAUUAGUGUGGAAUUUGGGGGGAAAGAAUAUUGCUAGCUGAGUGAAUAUUCUUUAUAUCUCCCCUUUAUAGAAAAUAUUUUACUUUAGUGGAAAGAUUCCAUGAAGCUAUGCAUCUUGGACCUUGGAGCUGUGACUUACGACCACAUCCUAUAUUUGUUUAAAUGUUAACUUACAGGGGGUUUGAGUUAGUUUAAUUCAUUUUAACUUGCUUGUUCAGUCAAAAGUGAAGAGAGAAAUGUGCACAUGGUCUGCAUCUUUCAAGUACUAUUGCUCAGUGCUCUUCCCACAAACUGCUAAUCAGUCUGUCCUCAUUCAGAUGUUAAAGUCAGUCUUUCAUUUGUGAUGAGACUAUUCCAUGUACCAGCCCAUUAGAAAUACCCAGAUAAUAAGGAGUAAACUACUUAUGGAGCAGUGAGUUUGUUUAAAGAGUAUUCUAAUAUUUUUAAUUAGGGCCAAAAUUGUCAAGUGUGUCCAUGACUUUUGGGUCAUGGCUUGUGAAAGUGAGAGCAGGAUUUUCACUGGUCCGGAGCACCUGCAGGAUUCUUUGACUCCAGAUGGAAUUGUGGGUCUCAGCACCUCUAAGAGUCCGAUGCUAUGUUCAAGUUGGGCACCAAAAUUAGUGGAUGCUUUUGACAUCAUAUGACGGAGCAGCAAGGGUCUUGGACCAAGAGCAGUGAGCUAUUGGUAAGAAUAACCGAUCAGCUGUCUUUUUUUGGGAAAAAAUCCUUUAAAAUUUUUCUUUUUGUUGCAAGGUUUUGUACUUCCGAGGGUUCAAAUACAGCCAUGGAAGUAGGCACAGCUCCUACUGAAGUCCCUGGGAAUUGCACCUUCUUACCUCAGGACAGGGUUCAGCCCUAUUUGCCUGUGUAUCACUUUGAAAGGAAGAUGUGGUUUGUCAGGUGUACAGAAAGCUAGCAAACUAGAUCUGGCCCCAAAUUAGCAAGUUCAGUUCAUAUGUUGAAGUAUGUUGGACUUCAGAAUUUGUGCUUAAAAGAAACCUUUUUGUAAAUUGUUCUUGAAAGCUAAUGAAUUCAGAUGAACAGAACUAUUUAGUGGGUCCUACUAAAUACUCUUGAUGGUCUUUUUUCUUUCUAUUAUAUAAUUCAGCCUAACACUGAAGAGUCUGAUUCAGAUUUUCUUAUUAAAUUAUUUAAGUGUAUACAGACCUAAAUUUAAAUCUGUAUAUGUCUUUCUUCAGUGUGCUAGGAUUUGUAAAUAUAAUUGAUAUAAAUAUUAUUUAUGCACAUACUUAAAGGAAUGGUCUACCCAGGAAAGCAAUUGUUAAAUAAUAAAUGUAACUUUUAAAAAAUUUUUAAAUAAAUAACCAGAUCUUUAAAAUGUGUAUCCCUCAGGGUUGUUUUUAAAGUUCUCCUUCCCUUCAGAUAUAAUUAGUGGUAACUGUAGAUUUCAGACAUUAUGUAACUAAGUCUGCUGUAAAAUAGGCUGCAAAUAAUGCUUGAGUCAAAGUGGCGAAGCCAACCACAAAGCAAAGAUUGUUUAGAUUCAUUUGUAAACUUUAAAUUGGGAACUUUUACAAUUGCACUUUUAUUUUUAAAAUGGUCACAGUUUUUUAUUCUAUUUAUUUUAUUUCUUGUUCUGUGUUUAUGAAGAUUGUGCUGAACCAGUUCAUCUGAAAUUGGUAAAUAAUCCUCUACUGUAUUAUGUAUAUAUUAUAUUAACAUUAAACACAUGCAGGAUGCUUUUUUAUGCUGCAAAUUUUUUAGUAUUUUCCUUGGUCAUCACAACAUUCAAGAUUUAGGAAGUGCUUUAGAAUUUCUCCCAUGAAAUUUUGAAUUAUAAAAUUAGAUUUUUGUAUGUCUGAGGGAAAGGGGUGGUUUUCUGACAAUUUUUAGAGUCCUGAAUAUGUUAAUUUUAUACAGUAUAGCUUCAGGUUUUUACAGCUAUUUUCAAUGAAUUGCAGCUUGUUUGAUAAUUUUGAACCAGAAACUACUCUUGGUUUAGGUGAUGACUUCCUUGAAACUAACAAAAAUAGAAGGCUCGUGAUUUUAGCGUUCUCUGGAAGCUCACCUUCCUCUUAUUUUUAAAAAGCUAGUUUAAAUCAGAAGUGAUACUGCAUCUUUAUAUUUAAAAACACGUAAUGCUGCUCUAGAAUGGUACCCAGUUGUCAAAGAGGCACACAUGCAUAACUGUACAUUACAAUUGUAAAUAGCCUUGUAAAAUCCUUUUUAUGAUUGAAGCUAUUUGAAAUAAAAAUGUAAAUGGACA